AUGACUUCUAAAAUGAACGAUUUAGUGAUUGAAUUUAACUCAGAUACAGUGCAAUAUAUUAAAUCACUGUAUGGUUUUGAAACACAGGAGAGAUUUGAAGAGGCGAUCAAUAUCUUAAUAGAAUGGAUCAAAAAACAGGAUCACUUAAUUAAAAAAGAUUCAAGAAAAGAAUACUUGGGUAAAGUAAUCAUAUUUUCCAAGGGUUCCGUGGAAAAGGCUAAGCUUAAAUACGAUAACAUGUGUAAAUUUAGGACAUUACUUCCAGAGUAUUUUGAGCCAUUUGAUAAAAGAAACAUAGAAAAUGUAUUUUCCUGUUUAUUACCAAAAAUGACUAAAGAUCAUUGCAGAGUCUACCUACAAAAAACUUAUGAUAGACGUUUCCCGGCUGGUUUUUUGGACUAUUUCAAAUUUCUAUCCAUGAUGUGCGAAUACUUACAGACUUAUGACUACUGUAAUAGCUUAUUGGUGGUAUUUGAUUACUUUGAAGCGAACCUAGAAGAUAUAAUAAAGAAUAUAAAUAUAGUCGAGGAAGGUUACGGGUUCAGAAUAAAAGGAAUACAUAUUUUAAGUACUUCAAAAGCGAUAGAUUUCUUCUUAAUAAUCCUUAAAAAAGCUUUAAGUCCAAAAAUAGCACAGCGCAUACAUAUACAUACAAAAAUAGAAACAUUAUAUAAACAUAUACCAAAUGAGAUUUUGCCGUUGGAAUAUGGUGGAAACGAAAAGUCAAUAGAAACACUUUCAAGUAAUUUAAUGGACGCAUUGGCUUCAAAAGAAUUCCAGGAAUAUUAUAAUACUACGAAACAGUACCGCACUAACGAAGCUUACAGGAAUAAAGGAAAAGUCGCCGAUCAGAUGGGAUUAGAAGGGACAUUUCGAAAAUUAGGCAUAGAUUGA